AUGGGCAUUAUUCUCACUGUGGGAUGCAUAUUUAAUUUUCUGUUUAUGAUGACUUCAAUGCUAUUGGUCACUAGGCUGUCUUUCUGUAAAUCCAUAGUGAUUGAUAGCUAUUUCUGUGACCACGGGCCUCUAUACAGACUGGCUUGCAAUGAUAACCUGCCGAGCUAUAUAAUGGCAAUGUUAUUCAUAACGUUACAUUUUCUUCUACCAUUGUUUCUGAUUUUUAUAUCUUAUGUAUGCAUUUUGUUGGCGCUGUUUAAAAUUGCAUCAUGGGAAAGACGUCUAAAAGCCUUAAAGACCUGUUUUUCCCACCUAAUAUUAGUAUCAGCAUAUUAUUUUCCAAUAUUGGGCAUUUACAUAAGUGCAAUGGCUGGCUCUGUCCACCGCAAUGCAAGGAUAAUUAAUAUAUCGCUUUCAUAUGCCAUUCCUGCCAUGCUGAAUCCCAUUGUGUAUUCUCUGAAUACUGCCGAGAUGAAGGGCUUUGUAAAAAAAAUGCUCAAAAGAAAAAAAUAUAAGAGCACAAUAGUAACUACGGCAAACAAAUAAGUGACAAAUAAUCAACUAAUCAACAAGUAGUUGAGAGACAUUAACAUGAAAUUAAUUCAGGUUUAUUUGUUAUAUACAAUCUAGAAAGAUAGGUUAGUUAUUUCUGUA